AUGGCGCAUAUUUCUAACCUUGCAACUCGUGCUUCAAAGAUCACAGUAUUUGUGUACAAUCAUACGGUUUUCUUAUCUUGGCUAAGACAAAGACCUCAUUGGAGAGAAAUUGUACGUCCUGGUGCAACCCGGUUUGCAACUGUGUUUAUUACAUUGAAGAGCAUCUUUGACCAUAAAAAGGAGUUGCAACAAUUGGUUGUAGAUUCAAUUUUCACUGAUCACAAAUUAGGAAGGAGUGCUACUGGUAGAGCUGUGAGUGCUAUUAUUCUGGACGCCAAAUUUUGGGACGAUUGCUUUACUGUAUGUAAACUUGUGGGCCCUCUGAUUUACUUGCUGAGGGUUAUUGAUGCUGAUGACCCCCCAUCUUUGAGAUAUGUUUAUGAAGGAAUGCUAAGGGCAGAAGAUGCAAUUAAGGAGAUGUUUAGGCAAUCCAAGACUGCAUAUCAGCCGUACACAGAUAUUAUCAACUCAAGAUGGGACAAGCAUUUGAAGAAAGAUCUUCAUGCGGCAGCUUACUUCCUGAAUCCUAAAUUCUUUUUUAAUGAAAAUUAUAAAGAAGCACCUGAUGUUAUGCAAGGUUUGCUUGAUCUUGUUACCUUGUAUUGCAAGUGUAACAAUUUGGAUUCAGUUCAGGCAAUGAAAGAAAUACAUUUAUAUAGAGAUCGGAAGGAAAGUUUUGAUAGACAAGAAGUUAUUCCAGCUGCAUCUGAACUUAAGCCUGAUGAAUGGUGGAGGUUAUUCGGAGGCUCUGCUCCAUGUCUACAGAAGAUAGCUGUUCGCAUUCUUAGCCAAGCAUCUGCUUCUUCUGGGUUUGAGAGAAAUUGGAGCCUUUUUGACCAGAUUCAUACAAAAAGAAGAAAUAGAUUGGAGCAUGAUAGACUGAAUGACAUUGUUUAUGUUACCUAUAAUUUGGGCCAAGUUGACUUCUGGGUGACUGAAGAGGUUGUAGAGAAAGAGCCUGAUCUUCCUAGUAAUGUGGAUGACUUAUUGCGUGAAAUUGAUGCUGAUUUAUAUCCAAGUGGCGGUGGUAGUAGUGGUCUUUAUGCUGCAUCUCUUUCUUCUGCUGAUCAGGGUGGGAAUGAAGGUAAAGAUCAUCCCACCGAAGCAGAUUUGCAACAAGUUCUUACGGAUUUUGAUAAUUGA